AUAUAAUGUAGUGCUUCCGGUGGAACGACUGUUCCGUCUGUUCAUCUUUUAAAUCUGUUUCUAUUGUAUUUGUUCCGCCUGAAUUUUUUGAUAUGGCGCUGGAAACCGUCCCUAAGGACCUCCGUCACCUCCGAGCCUGUCUGCUUUGUUCUUUAGUAAAGACCAUCGACCAGUUUGAAUACGACGGCUGUGACAACUGCGAGUCUUUCCUCCAGAUGAAGGGCAACAGAGAGAUGGUCUAUGAAUGCACAAGCUCCUCCUUCGAUGGGGUCAUAGCACAGAUGAGUCCAGAGGACAGCUGGGUAGCUAAGUGGCAAAGAAUAGGGAACUUCAAGCCUGGUGUGUACGCGGUGUCAGUCACAGGCAGACUCCCUCCAGGUGUGGUGAGGGAACUGAAAAGCAGAGGAGUCAUCUACAAAUCCAGAGAUACGGCAGUGAAGACCUGACCUCAGUUUGCUACAACUAUUCUUCUUUUGUUACUCUGUCUUGGGGCUUCACUGCCGCUUCAAGACACCUGAAAAAAAACUCUCCUGUUUCUUUAUAUUUUUUUUAAAUAAAGUGUUGAAAUG